UCAUAAUCUCUUCAGUAGAUGGACAACAAACUCGCCAACUCAAACCUCCUGAAAAUGUGAAAUAAGUAUCUUUUAAUAUGAGCACAUCACCCAUUAAUGAUGCACCUCAUCCUGAGGUGUCCUCGGGGAGCAUGCAAACUUUGGUCUCCAGGCCCCUGCCCCCCCACCCAGACCCCAUUACCAUUACCACUAAGAGGGUAUGCUUCUACAAAAGCGGAGACCCUCAGUUCACGGGGCACCGGAUGGUCAUCAACAGUCGCACUUUUAAGACCUUUGAUGCUCUUCUAGAUGCCCUCUCCAAAAAAGUGCCUCUGCCAUUUGGGGUAAGAACCAUCACAACACCAAGGGGAACACAUUCUGUUCGUACUCUUGAUGAUGUGCAGGAUGGGGGUGCUUAUCUGUGCUCAGAUCAGAAGAAAGUCAAGCCUUUUAACUUGGAUGAGGUCCAUAAGAGACAGGUCCCUUGGAACACUACCAGAGCUGUCAGUGCGGGACGCAGAGCACGCAGAGAACUGGUCCGGCAGAUAGCAAAGAAAAAUGAAGUGACCACAAGGACAGUAAAAAUGGCAGAAAACACUGUGGUGGUGCGGACACCAAAAAGACUAACGGUGUAUAAAAACAGGGAUCCGAGCAUGAAGCGAGUAAUUGUAGUUCAUAGAAGAACAGCACCAAAUUUUGAAACGCUUAUGGAUUAUCUUUCUCAAGUGAUGCAGUUCCCAGUUGUGAAGCUUUAUACAGAAGAUGGCAGAAGAGUUGAAGGACUUCCUGCCCUAAUUUUGUGCUCUGGGAUUGUAGUGGCAGCUGGUAACGAACCCUUCAGAAUAGGAAACUACAAUCUCCAAGCUCCCACAAAAGUCCAGUCAAGGAUAUCUGAAUCAUUGGGUCCAACACAAACUGAGACACUACUACAAGAAAAAAAGAUUUCAGCGAGGACUUUUUCAAGAUCAAGGAAUUUCUCUUUAUCUUCUGAGAGGUUCCUUGUAGAGCAGAUCAAUAAGUCACUAAAUGGAAAUCUGACAGAGCACAAUAGGACAAAGAAUGAAUCAAUGGAGACCGAAGGGAGUCAGCCAGUGGGAUCAGAUGAGAUGGAGACCUGUGACUGUAUGGAGGGUGUGGAGGAGAGGAAUAACCCCAUCAUGCCUACCGAAGACGACAUUGAAAAAUCAUUCCGGGUCAAUGAGGAUGGCAGCAUGACAGUGGAGAUGAAGGUGCAUCUUACUAUAAAACAAGAGGAAAUUAUCCACUGGACAACUACACUGAGUCGCACCUCCAUUAAUAGCCAGCAGAGAGCAGUGUGCAAUUCUAAGCCAGAAUCAAGUAAAAACUCAUUAGAUGUAACCAAUGACUCAGGCAAAGAGUCGAAUGGACCUCACAGCCUAGAUUCAAAAGAAAUCAAUACAUUCGCUAACAAAUCUGUAGGAUUCAUCAAGGAAGAAAGAGAAAAUUAUGGCAGUGAUACAUCAUCUGAGAAGCCUAAGGCCAUCUUUAGAAGGCUGCCCACUCCAGGCCCCAGACAACAAAGAAAAGAGGCCUCAGUCGAAAACAUCAAAACCGUUUCAGAGACUGAAGUUCAGGAGAACUCAGUGGGUGCAUACUCAUACUUGGAGCGAACUGCACAGGGAGAGCUGACUGAAGGUUACUGUGUGGUCAGUCGCAGCAGUAGCAGCAGCACAAGAACCGUGUCAAAACCCGGGAGGAGUGAAUCCGGAGAAGUUAAGCAGAAGAAGUCUCACUCCUCCUUCAGAUCCUCAGGCAUGGCAGAGGUUCUCCAAAUACAAAACAAUGGAACAAUGGGAAUAACAGAGACUGUGGUGCACAUAUAUGAAUCACAGGGUAUGUGUGACAAUUACUAUGCAAAUACACAGGUGGAUGUGGACAACAAGCCUGGAUACCACACAAAAGCUUUGCCUCAAAGUAAGCCAGGCUCAACAGACUCAGGACCCCAUUCGUCAAGUAACGAUUGUGAUGUAGAUCUCACUAGACAUUCCACAAGCUCCAACUCCCAGGAUGGUAGAAAAACUAAUAUGCUGUCAUUGUCAUCUGCCUGUUCAACACCUCCAAAAAAGAUAAACAACAAUCCAUCCAUCCUCACUAAUGAUAAAAAACAAACCUUGGUUGGGUGCACAACUGAAAUAAAUGCAAAUAAAAGUAUGCAUCCAGCAGCAGCAAUGGAACAAGAGUCGGACGAUAAAAGCAUUGUUGGUAAUAAAAAUACACCAAAGUCCAAAAAAUCAAAGAAAAGUACUUCUUCUGAAUCAACUGGGCUUGGGAAAAAAAUAAAGGUCAGUGCUCCAGGCUCUUCAAAAGAAAUCCAAAUUAUGUCAGACACAAUGAGCCACACUGGAUCAGAGAAAAAGACUAGCUCAGCGGAAAGUGACAAACGUGAACACAAAGCUGUAAGAGACAAAAAUAAGAAGAUUAAAACAUUGGAUAGUUCUCCGAAGAGUAGAAACUUGAAUCUUGAUAUUGGGAAUCAAAGAUGGUCAGAUACAGAGCUCAAGUUAAAAGAUAAAACCAUCAAAGGCAUCUCCCACAAAGUAAACAAAAAUUACAGUGAUUCUCAAGGGCCUAAACUAAAUAAGAAUAGUUUAGACAUUCGAUCACCAGCCCAUCCAGCUCCACUGAUAAAGAGGUUACAGAAACAAAGGUCAGUGAAUGGUGUCAGAUCAAAAUCCUCUAAACAAAAACAGGAGUUGAGUGAAAGUGUUUCAUUGCCUGUGCUACAGUCCUCUUCCUCUAGUGUAAAUCAAUAUGUUGAAAACUGGCUGAAAAAAAUGGAACCAGAAUCUGUGCCCUAUAAUGAUGAGACGGACCAUCCUGAGAUUGUACUAAGGGCGGUAUUCCAUAUAGGGAAUGACUCCACUGAUGGCUCUGAGAUUAAAAGUGACCCUGAAAAAGAUAGUGUAGAGGAUGAAGACCCUGGUCUAGAACAUAAUGCUGAAGAGAGGCCAAUGUCUCACCCAUCUGUACAAAUAAGGUGUGAGGGACAGUCAACCGAGCCACAAAGGCCAAUAGGCUUUUGUAAGUCGAUGCCAGUUUUGACAGUACAUUUUGAAGAGGAGGGUCUUGUAAGAAUGCACAAGUCAUCUGAGAACUUGGUUCCCCCAGAUCCUUCUGGGACAUCACAAAGUACAGAAAUCAGUGUUAGGUCAGGUAUGAAACCAGUUUUGCAACAGUUGUGUUUAUCUGUUCAGUCCAUCAAGCGGGUAUUGAGUCAGACCCGCUUAACACCUGUGGAGAAGGAAAAGUCCAGUAGCCUCCCAGACUUCUCAUCUCAGGUGGCCUCUGUCUUUGGUUCUCCAUCCAGAGCUUUUCUGUCCUUCUUGUCACUGAUGACUCUGAGAGAUGGCCUUUCAGUCAUCUACAAAGAUGAAUCGCAGGCCAGCAACCCCAACAUCUGCCCAGAGGCCCUGCAGGUAAUGCAGUCCUUGGAAAAAAUAUCCAAUAUUAAAGAUGAAGAUGAGCUAAAGGCCAGCUUAACCAGUCUUCAAAGUUCAACUUCAUCCAAAUUAAAACAAAGCUGGAGAGAUUUCCAAGAGCAAAAUGGCUUUGGAGGGAGUCCACCACUCUCACCAAGACUAUCAGAGCAGGAGUUUGCUGUAGAAGUAGACUUAGAAGGAGAAACGGAGGAUCAAGACAAACAGAACAAUUUUAGUAUAGAACAGUUACUGGAUGAACUGAACAUGCCUGAAGAUCUUCACAGAGAGAUUUCCUCACUUGUUGAAGGAGAAAUAACUUAUUUUAAUCAAACAGACUUAAUCAAAGAUGCUGAUAACACCAGCGAAAUCUCAGGUAAAGAAAAGAAAAAUGACGGUGGCUCAUUGAGUGGUAGUUUAAAGAAAGCUGCUGACAUGGAAGAGGAAAAGGACCAUGAUGGCCAAGUCAGUGACACAACCAAUGAUGACAUAAUCAAUGAUCCAAAAAAUCCUGAGUCUCAGGAACUACAUUUAAUUCAACCUCAUUCCCCUGACUCAGAAACUAUAGAAAAGGACCAUGGUAAUGAAGAUUCUGGCAUAGCAGUACCCAAUCAAUCACCUGAGGGUAAUGGUAGUGAUUCAAGUAAAGCAGAGGUUUUAGAAAUGUCUGAUAACAACCAGAUGAAUGCAGAGAACAUGCAAGAAAGGAUGAUGUAUGAAGACCCAGAAUCUGAAAACAAAGAUGCAAAAGAAAAUUGUUCCCCCACAUCAGAACGAAAGAUGAUAGAUGUAGUUGAAGAAGAAGUUUCUGAGCUCUCUGAUGACCAAGACAGUAUUUCUGAAAGUGAGGACAAUAUAAUAGAAGACACUGAUAUUGAGGAGGAGGACAUCAUCCAGAACAUAAAAGAACCUAGUGAACAGUCAGAUGCUUCAGAACCUGACGACACAGAUGCCAAAUGCUUAUGUUCAGCAUCAGAAACUGAGUGUGUGCCAUUUCCAGACAGAGAAUUAGCUGAGCUAAAUGAGGAAAAUCAGUACAGUACAGCUGAGAACUGUGUCAGAGAGCAAGCUGAUCAUUCUGAUUUUGAGGAAACCAUUGGUGAUGGAGGACUGGAACAAGAAACCAAGUACAUCUUAUCAGAACGUGAGUCCCUUCACUCAGAGCCCUCAGAGACGUCAUUGCCUCACCAUGAUACAAAGGGUGAAUGUAGAGAUCAAACAUUAGAAACAUCUAGUCAAGAAGAUGAUCAGGUGAUGUCUCCAGAUGCGGAUCAUCAAGAAGAUUCUACUCCAGAGGUCUCAGAAGGUGAGGAUUCUGAUCCACACUACAAUAACGGCAUCCCUCAACAAGGUAGUAAUGACGAUAAUAGAAUGACCCCUGAAGCUGAAUAUGAGAAAACACAACUUGAAGAAGAACAUGACAUUAAUGAGGUGGAUAAUGAGAGCUCUGAAGUCUGUGAAGAAACCGAUCCAGAUGCUGAACCAGACUCUUGUACAGUAACAGAUCCUGAGGCUGUGGAUGAGAAUGUGACAGAAAAAAAGUCAUGCACUAGUGAUUCUGAACCCUACAAAGUUCAGACUUUAGAGAAAGGUAGACCCACCGAUAAAAAGGACAGUUCCACUGAAGAGCGCAAUUCUGAAGAGGAUGAGGAGGAUUAUUAUGGCGGUUUGCUUGAUUCUCAUAAUAAUAAUGUGAAUGGUGUUCAACACUCUAUUGCAUAUACUGAUACUAAAGAUUCACUGGAAAGGGAGUUAUGCAGCAGUACUAGUAAAAGUGAGCACCAGUUUGAGAAGGAAGAGAGUUUGGGAAUGGAACAUGGAUAUAAUUAUCUAAUGCAUCCAACUGAGAUCUCACAAGAGCUGUUAGACUUAAUCAAUUCAGCUUUGUUGUCCUCUAUCCUGACUGUCACAUGUGAUUCAAAUGGUAACCGCAGAAUAGAGCCAGACAAAUGCAAAAUGAGGGAGAUAUUCAUGGCUUGCCAAAAGACAGAUGAUCAGUACGGUCAAAAACGUCUCCCGAGCCCUAAUACAUCAGAUCUUUCUGAUUACAGGCCUGAGACAUCUGACAAUGGUGGGUACCAGUCGCAGGAGCUUUUUACCGAGAGUGGAGAAGAGGAGGUGGAGAGGUUACGUAUCUUUCGAGAUAUUAUAAAACAAAGCACAGAGAAGCCAAAAAGAAAAAACCAUGUAAAAGAGAACGGUUUUAUGAAAUCAUCUACAUGGAAGACAACAAAACAUACUCCCAGUACAAGUUUAAAAAGCAGUAGCCUUGGUUCUUUCCAGGAUGCUAAAAGUGCAAUACAAGAACCACUUUGCCACAGUAGAUCGCCUAGUGAUAAAAGUUCACUUAAUGUAGAGUCUGUACAGCGCAUGGCUUUAAAAGAUAAUGUGGACUCUGGAGACGGAGUGCUGAUUGAUAAAGGAAGGUGGCUUCUCAAAGAAAACCACCUCAUCCGAAACUCACCUCCUGUGUCCAUGGGAAUGUAUGGGAAUGGAGACACCACAUCAGCUGACACAGCUCAAGACAACAGGAGUGAGGAUUCACCCUGCCUGUAUUGUGAGAACCAAGCCUCGCCUCUGGCGGUAAUAUCCUCUUCAGAGCUGGAGGACAUGGCUAAACCCCCUACACCGAAGUGUACAUACUUCAAUAUUUCACAUUGCAGUGACUCUGAUCCUCUCUUGGAUGACAACAGUGUCAACAGUGGAGGGGAUGUUAGGAGGAACAAGGAACUUAAGGUAUCUCCAAUGGGUGAGUCUUCUAAAAUGUGGGCAAAGAAAAAUGGAAGUAUGUCUUCAUUCGCAUCUGUUGAGUUCAAACUGCCUGAUGGAAAAGUUUAUCCUCAGGAGGGGUCAGGAUCUGGUACUAACAGAUCUCAGAAUCAAGACAGUCGGACAGUACAAGAAGAGGAGUCGAGGGAGGGGAUAAGUCUCAGGUGUGGGCAGCACUGCCCAAUACUAUAAUUCAAAAGGGAAAAUGUACCAGAUACAAGAGCUUCUGGUAUUGUCAGAUUUCAGUUAUUUAUAGAGGUUUAUAUGGUUAAACUGUUUGAACAGCAC